ACUUUACACUUGGCACAAUGCAGUCAGGCAAGCACCAUUCUCCAGAGUCCAGUGGUGGUGUGCUUUACAUCACUGCAUCUGACGCUUUGCAUUGCACUUGGUGAUGUAAGGCUUGGAUGCAGCUGCUUGGCCAUGGAAACCCAUUCCAUGAAGCUCUCUACACGCGGUUGUUGUGCUAAUCUAAAGGCCACACGAAGUUUGGGGGUCUUCAGCUAUUGAUUCUGCAGACAGUUGGUGAAUUCUGCGCACGGUGCGCUUCAGCAUGCGCUGACCCCACUCUGUCAUUUUAUGUGGCCUACCACUUCGUGGCUGAGUAGCUGCUGUUCCCAGUUGCUUUCACUUUGUUAUAAUACCACUAACAGUUGACAUUGGAAUAUUUAAUAGCAACAAAAUUUCAUGGAUGGACUUAUUGCACAGGUGGCAAUCUAUCACAGUACCACGAUUGAAUACACUGAGCUCCUGAAAGUGACCCAUUCUUUCACAAAUGUUUGUAGAAGCAGUCUGCAUGCCUAGGUGCUUGAU